UCCGGCUACAGCAGAUAGUCUCCCCUAUCAGUCCACAAAUCAACGCGUUCCAUUUGGGAGCAAGUAUGCGGUGAUACUGUUCCCAUUGGGAUUAUUUACCUGCAUGGUGUGCAAACACACCGCUCUCUGUUGCCCUUGACCGAAUAGAGCGAAUUCCCCCUUGAUGCAACGCGCCCGCGAGAGGAGAGAAGGAGAGCUGGGGACUGGGGGAGGGAGGGGAAGAGGGAUGUUUGGCGACAGCUAUGCAAACUGGCUCCAAUCUCAGUUGGGGCGGGCAAACCGAGGUGACAGACCAUUCCGAUUCCCAGGAUUGUUUUCAUCCGCACAUCGACCCCGUGAACUCCUCAACUCGAGUGAUGCUGACGUUGAGCAGAUCCGGAUUACUGUACCAGGAUCCCCAGACGGUUUUUCCAGAUGGUCGCCCUCUAAUACCGCUUUCUUAACCCCCAAAUGAAGGAUUCCACUCUAAUGCAGUUUACAGAGAGCAGGGCAUGGCCGGUAAGCCGUUCCGGGCCACCUUCAUCUGGAGCAGCAUCAUCGCCAACCUCCAGCAGCGCAUCCAGGUCAAGCGCCACCGUCAUAAGCUCAAGACCUACCAUGACUGUUUCCUGGGGUCAGAGGCUGUGGACGUGGUGCUGGCCCAUGUCAUCCAGUCACGGUUCUGCGGCGAUGCCGAGGUGCCUCGCUCCAAGGCCGUACGCCUCUGCCAGGCCCUGAUGGAUUCGCGGGUGUUCGAGGCGGUGGGCACCAACGUAUUUGGGAAUAAGGAGAAGAGGCGUGCCACCUUCGAGGACAGUAGCUGUAGUCUGUACCGGUUGCUUCCGCUUCCGUCUAGUCCCACUACCAUGACCAGCUCGCACUCGACGAGCACCAUCACCAUCGAGAGUGGAUACGACUCGCCGAGCAAACACCGGAACAGCUACAGCCCACCUCUCAAACGUAAAGAGGACCAGUACUCCAACAACCACUCUCCGGUCAAAACAGACAAAUCACUAGAGGACGUGUUGGGGAACCUCAACAUCACCUCAACCAUCACCCCACAGAUGAUCAACCUCGGCCUCUCACAGGAGUUGGUGGGUGAGGUGUGGCGCCAGCAGACGGUGUUCAGGCUGCUACAGCUGAUAGAGCUCCCCCUUCUGGAGAGUCUGUUGGAGGGAGAGGAGCGGCCCAGGCCCCCUCUACACAGCAUGGACAGUGACCCAGACCUGCUCUACACAUCCAGCUACCUGGACAGAGAGGUCCUGAAGGCCUUCAGCGAAGCACAGGCUGAUGAGUGGUUGUCGGCGGCGGUGGACUGUCUGGAGUUCCUGCCAGAUGACUUGGUGGUUGAGGUGAGCAGGGGUCUGCCCCGCUGCGGUGAGGACCAGGGCCAGUGUAAGAGACUGGUGUAUGGGAUCCUGGUCCAGCACUACGGAGAGACACAGCACCCUCCACUACUCAGCAACCACGUCUUCGACAUCCACUCCAGCAUCUCUGAACUACUGGUGAAUGGGAAGAGGGAGCAGGCUCUGGAGGCCCUACAGCUGUGUCUGAAACUACAGGACUCUCGCAGUAAAGAGGAGCUACGCAGACUGCUGCGAUUCAUGGCCGUCGCUGCCAAACCGCAGGAGGUCAAACUGCACAAAGAGGUAGAGAACAGGAUGGCGGUGAAGAGAUCUUUCUCUAGUGCCAUCGUCUACAGCAUGAGACUGGCCAAGGGGAAGGUUGACCUGCUGGUGCUGUUUAUGGUGGAAAACCACUGUGACGUCUUCAAGAUUCCAGUGUCGUUGCACCAACUUGUGAGCGACAGACUGACCAACAUUGUGAAGGGGAAAGACCCACACGUCUUAACAUCCUCUACAUAUUGCAGGCGAGUUAAUGGAAGAGUGUACGUGGAGAGCAAACAGAAGACCACCAAAGAGGAACUAUGGGCUCUACUGAAGACAAUCCACGAGAACCCCAAACUGUCCAACAAAGAGAAGAGACGCUUGCUGGGACAGUUCUACAAGGGGCAUCCUGAGAUCUUUGUCCAGUACUUUGGAAGCAGAUUGUCAAGUGAUGAUCUGUAGCUAACUAGGGUGAUAUUUAAGUGAAUAACUAAUGUAUUAUUUGUAAAAAAUAAUAAAAAGACAAAGGUGAUGUAAAUGUUGUAAAAAUGCAGUGUACUAAUAGAUUUUAUUUACUUCACUCAUGUGAAGAGUUGAAUGUGAAAGCUUUAAUAAAAUGUGAGAAUGGUUUUUAUAA